AUGACUCUGGAGUCAACUGUGCAAUUUCAGAACUCUCAAUACGGACAAAUAUGGGUUCAUAAUGGUAAUGUUGUGGAAUGGAGAUGGGAUCAGAAAAGUUUGAGAAAGUUUGAGUUCAGCAAUGAAACAGUACUCAGGGCCGGAUUUGUUGACUUUGAAACGGCUCAAAAGUGCUUGGUAAUUGUACUUGAAGAUCGGGCUCAGGUGCAUUAUGUUUCGAAAGGCGAUUCCAGUACGGUGAGUUUUCCUUUUUCCGUUUCUAAAGCGUUUUUCUACCCGGCUGGCGUGGUAUUGGAGCGCCAAAUCGACGAGAAUCUACUCAGGCCGGGCUCGUCUAUUAAACACCGCUUUGUCACACUAUCGAACCCUUUGAAUACUUUAGGCUCUUUGGUAUUAUCAUCAUCUAUGCCCGAUCAACAAAUCGGUCAAACCAUUUUGCAUUUCCCCUGUGAAUGGGAACAACACAUUGCAGUUUUGUACAAUGCGUACUCCCAGGUCUUAUCGUUCCAUAAUGUCAAAGUUUUAUCUCAGCAAAAGCGAACCACUACAAAAAACAAUGACAGUAAAGAUUCCAAUGGAUCUCGCAACAAGUCGUAUGCCUCCCUUGUCAGUGAUUUUAAUGCUUCAAGUGGGAAGAGAGCAGUUUCGGGAGAACGCUCAGAAGCUCCAAUUUCGUCUUCAUCGUCUUCUGGACCUUUGAAUAAUGCUUUGCACUCCGCCAAUUCUUUGUCGACUGAGCUGACCAACAACCUUCGCAAAAUAUCCAUCAUCAAUAGAAGGUCAGUAUCUGCGACUUUGGGAGCUGACCAGGAUCAACAGAUACAGAUACAGCAGCAACAGCAGCAACAACACAAUCAACAACAACAGCAACAGCAGCAGCAGCAGCCAGGGCCCACGAUGUCUAGCCACUUAAGUGUUGACUCAUUGAAAAGAAGUGCAUCUGCAACCCUGGAUAGAAUGGGGUCCGGUAGUGCACUUGACAUAACACCCUCUCACGCCUCACAUAUCUCCCAAGAGCUCUUUGACCAUGCCAUCUUAGCAAAAGACAUCGUACUCACCAGAAUUACACAAACUACAGUUCCAGUAAGGUUGAGUGAAAACACUAUCGUGUCGACUUCGAGACUUGACAACAAGGAAGCUAUCAGCUUGCAUGAUCCUGAAAGAAAAUGGGGUAAAAUAUGGAUCUUCGAGCACAACAAGUCGUUUACAGAAAACGCAAGGUUCAAGUCAUUCAGUAACACCCCAGUGGCUCUGACAAAAAUGAUCGAUACUAAAUGGGAUCACGUCCGUUCUUCUUGCACGUACAAAAGUAAUGCUCUCGAGGGUUUCUUGAUGCUUUUGAAUGACACAGCACAUGAAGUCUCCUUAUUCAACCCAUUUUUGAACGUCGCAUCGAUUCCCUUUCCUCUGCCGCCGACAGCUUACAAGAGCAAACUGCACUACGCCCACGGCAACUCUGUCUUUGCUUAUGACGAUUCACCCCCAAUUCAAUUAAGGUUAGCACCUGAAUCCACAGCUGUAUGUCACUACAUCGAGGCUCUGAGGUACCUGUGCGAUGACUACACAUUUGCUUAUUUUCUUCUUUUAUGGCAAACAGUUCGCAAUGCCUUCCCUGAUGCUCAACACGACUUGUCUGACUUUGAGGCACUGAAAUACGUUUUACUGAGCUUCAUGAAGAUCGAGCAGUAUUCUAAAUCUGCCGAAACUCCAUUCAAUUCCAUCAAAGAAUCUCCAGUCUUUGAUUCGGCUUUCGAUCCCAGCAGAUUUUUACCCAGGAUUGUGAUGGGCCUACAUUUGAUCAGAGAAGAGUACAAGUUGAAUUUAUUACAAAGCGAAAAUGUGAAGCAACUUGGCAAGCUUUUGCGUCUGCUGGUCAAAUUGAUGCGGUGGCCCGAAGUGUGGCAUGACUUUUACGGACCACUCGAUCCCAUAGAUGAGAAGCUCUUGACAGUAUCGGCGAAUCAAAAAUUUGCGCACCCGUUAGAUGAGCCACCCUCUAUUUUGAAAUCCCUGAACAGCGCCGUCGACGGCAGCAGUCUUUCCGUUAUACCAUUUAUAACUUUCACGCGUCUGCUAGAUGAUGGGUCGUCUGUGGAUCACAUAGUGACUCCUCGAACACACAGAAUUUUGCAACUGUUUGAGAGUUUCAAUUUGGGGACAUACUCGCAGUCAGAUAUCCUAGCCGUGAUGAGCUCUCUUGGAAUCAAUAAAAAUGAACUAGAGACUUAUCCGCUAGGAAUAUUUGCACCACUCAACCGCAUUCUGAGGUCGCUGAAAGUUCACAUAAGUGAUGUCAACGCACCUGUUGAUUUCACGUUAGUGAAUCGCCAAGAUCUGCAGAAAAACGGUUCAUUGUUAGGACUUGUUGCAAUUGGAGGCACCGCAGCGCGGGAACUACCGAACUCCCAAUCGAUAAGUAAGAGUACCCGCCCUACUGAACUUCGCAGGUCGAUCAAAGCCAUAGUCGAAGAUAUAUUGAACACGACACACCACCAUUUUGAUGAAAAGUUAUCUACACUGGAUAAUGCUGAAGAAAUGGGAGACGGUCGGAGCUUGAAGCAAAAUGCGUCUUCCAUUUUUUCAGAAGAUAGAAGAUUUUUUGAUGUCGUGGAGCUUCUAUUGUACAGUAUUCCGCAUAAAGUUUCUAUGCAUGUUGUGGAAAAGAGCUACACGCGCAAUCUUAAGAAGAAGAGAGCAUAUUCACAAAUAACUGCUUUGCGAACUUUUGCCUCGGCUGUUGGUUGGGGUGCAGUAGCCUUUUCUACCGAAAGGCCCUUGACCACUCAAAAGUGGCCUCGUGCGAAGCUUAAUCUUCAUUGCAUAUUUCCUGGUAAAACAACAGUAACUGUCGACCCUGAAUCAUGUAAUCCCGAUCUACUGGCAUGGGGUGAGUUCCAUGCUGGUGUGAGCUCGGGUCUCAGAAUAUCUCCAAAAUCUGUAGGAAUUACCGGGAGUUGGAUAACCUUUGCCAAGCCCCCGGAACUCGAUGCCCAGCAUGGUGGGUUUUUGCUUGGUUUGGGCCUUAAUGGGCACCUCAGAAAUUUGGAAGAGUGGCAUGUGUACAAUUAUCUCAGCCCAAAACAAACCCAUACCAGUAUAGGUCUCUUGAUUGGUAUGAGUGCUAGUUUGAAGGGAACGAUGGAUCUAAAGCUGACCAAAGUUCUGAGUGUGCAUAUCGUGGCCCUGCUGCCACAAGGGUCGAGUGACCUUAACGUUAACUACAGAGUACAGACGGCCGGCUUGAUCGGCGUUGGUCUGCUCUAUCAAUCUUCCCAGCAUAGGAGAAUGAGUGAUGUGCUUUUCUCUCAAUUGACAUCAUUUGUGAGUAUCAAUGAAGAACCGGUCCCAAACGAGGGAUAUAGACUCGCGGCUGGGAUCUCCCUAGGCCUUGUAAAUCUCGGUGCGGGCGCCAAAACUCUCAAAUCUACAAUCGCCACGGCGUCGAGGCUCUGGCACGGCGAGCAAAAUUAUACCGACGAGGAAAACGACGAAGACUUAGACUUCAAUCCAAACGAGGGUUUGUUAGAUCCCAAGAUUAUAUCCGGCUUGCUCAACAUUGUCAGUGGUGUACAUGAUACUGAAGAAAGCUGGAUGCCUGCCAACUCUCAAAUGGGAAGCAUUUUGGCCCUUAUGCUGAUCUACCUAAAGACGAAUGACCAGACUAUCGCUGGACGGAUAGCCCCACGCUUGGAUGAUAUUAACCUGAAGAGCAGACCUUAUAUGCGCCCCGAAAUUUUCAUGUAUCGAGAAUGGGCUUGCCAUAUGAUUUUAUGGGACCGUAUUGAUGGAAGUUUUCAUUGGCUAUUCAGGGACUUGGACCUUGAUGUCCCUCUGAAGCUUGAUACCGAUUCUUUGCCUCAAUUGUACUGCAUAGCCGGAAGAGCUUUGGCAAUUGGUCUGAAAUUUGCGUCUAUGGGAGAUUUAUCAAUACGUGAUCAUCUCCUCUUUUUGAUUGAUAGACUGCUGCCACUGUAUCAGUGUUCAGUUGACGCUCGAUUGGACUUUCAGUUGAGUAUUAAGGCUCUCAAUAUUCUGACUGGCGUGCUAUUAAUCGCUGUCAGUAUGGUCAUGAGCGGCACCGGUGAUUUAUCAGUGCUAAGAAGAGUAAAGUUUUUGCACGAAACCAUUAGCGGUAAACAAUCAGACUUGUUCCAGACAAAAUUCACGACACCGCCCUCUAGACCUAGUUCGGGAGAAGAUGCGAUGUCUGUCGAUUCUGCACGAAACCGCAGCCAAGCUCGAGUAGAUGACCUUGGAAAUUUAACUGUUGAGGACGACGAAAUAGUGGAAGCGGAGGUCGAUCAGAGCAACUCUGAAACUAUGGAUGACACGGACACAGGAACAGCUAAUGAAAGCAAGCAACAUUGGAAAGAUGAGGAAAAUCACUUUGGAAAAUAUAUGGUGACAAGUCUGAGCCUCGGUUUCCUUUUUAUUGGUUCAGGGCAAUAUGCAUUCAAGACUUCCAACUUGGAAAGUUUGGCAUACCUCAUAAUAUCGAUUCUACCUACUUACAUGAGUCCGUACUAUCUGCAAGAAACAAGGCAUUUCUGGAGCAUGGCAGUCGAAUACAGAAGUCUCAUAGUCAAAAAUUCAAAGACGGGUGAAAACCUCAACAAAGUGCCUGUCGAGGUAGAACUCAAGUUGUCAAAAAACGCGGCAGGCCCGCAGACAAUGCACCUGGUCUCACCGUGUCUUCUACCUGACCUAAAAAAAAUAGCAUCCAUCAAAAUCUCUUCGCCGGAUUAUUAUCCCGUUUCCGUGCAGUUUAAAAGAGAUGAAGAAUAUGCCAGUUUUUACAACAAUGGCUGCGUCCUUUACGUUCCACCUCGAAGCGAGCUUCAAGACGAACGGAGAAUUGAAGGCGGUCAUCGCAACAGUAAAAGCGCGGAAGUGAAGAAUAUAUUGAAGACAAAGGCAUCUAAGCUUUUCAGUGAUCGUGCCUUAAAAAAUUCUAAUCGAAAUGUAUCUCAAUUCUUCGAAGACUUGGGCCUCGCAGGCGGAGUUGAACUCGAAUUUGGCGUGGAGAUUUCUAAAGCGAGUGAUUUCAUUGACCCAUUCAUGAACGAAAAUCUACUAAUGGCUUGCCAUAAUAGAGGCAGGAAUUACCAGCUCGAACUAUGGAGGCGGCAUUAUGGAAUGUAA